CUUUGGCCACUUUCAACCCGUUCUGAACGAAUUGAUCGGGUGGAUGUAGAUAGGCACAGAUGAACAAUCCGGUGUCGUCGAGACAAGGUGCACUUGUACGGACUUUGUACCGAAAGAUGCUUCGUGAAUGCGAGCGGAUUCCUCCAAGUGCAUCCCUACUGCACCUAAAUCAAAAAUGGGCCUGUGACGAUCCAAUCAAAGACCGCGAGGCUCUUCGCACGUGUCUCAGGACAUCCUUUCGUCGMAAYAACGUGGCCAGCAGUGACAGCACAAAUACCGACAAAAACGGAAGAGUCCUCGGUGAAGAAAAAGGGAUUCAAGACGCCAUGGAGGGUUUGAAAGUGUUGCUGUCGUUCGAUCCAAGCUCAMCGAUAGAUGCAUCGCAAAUAGCAGGCAACGAACCGAUGCGCAACGAAAAAGUCGGUCCCGGUGACCGCGACCGCGAUCCUUCGGGACCAUCGUGGACCAACUCCGACGCCUUGCUGGAAUCCGUGGAAUGGCUUCCAUGCGUCUCCGAGAUGAAAGACGUCCGUGGGGUUGACGAAGAGUCGUUGCUCCUCCCCGUCUUUCCUCUCGCGGGGCCCCURUUUUUGGAUGGCGAGGGCAAGAAGCUGCCRCUGCUAUCGCAGUUUUCAGAAGUUCCCGUCGCCGGUAUGGAAAUGUCGCUUCGGAUUUUCGAGCCACGGUAUCGAGAAAUGUACCAAGACCUGCUGUCGUCUCCCGACCAGUCGUCGAGAAGGUUCGUCGUACCCUUUUCGCACCCGUAUAGAUCGGGGCAGUUUGCCGCGCUCGGUUGGAUGUACGAAAUAUCGGGGGUUCGCGACGUGGCGGAUCAGUUCAAUGGCAAAAUCCAGCUCGAAUGCAACCACGUUGUCUCUAAUCCMGUCCGGAUCCUCGAACUAGUUAAUCCAACGGAGCAUGGCACGCAGUCGACCUAUCUGCGCGCCCGGGCCGAAAUUCUCAGCAACAACGAGCCCAAAACCGACGAAACUACCGGCGAAGAGGGUAAGGAAGGUGGUCCCACAGACCUUCUCAUGCUCGAAGAGAUGCUUCAAAAGUUCAAAAAGGACCCGCAAUCUCCUUCUUUCGACAACCCCCAUCAGCAGAUGUGUUUAAUAGAUCGCCUAUUGAUUGCUAUAGGGGAAGGAAGUGUGUGGCCCGUUGCACAGGCUUGGUUGUCGCACCUGCAGGUAGACAUAUUACGUCUGCAGGCGAAAAUAUCUACCAGAAUUCAGCUACAAGCUACAGCCGAACAAAAAAGGUCGACCGGAAAUUAUGAUGGAGUGGAAUGGCAGGGACUUGUUACGGAGGAAAUGGUGUUGCUUGCCCAAGAGCCAUACAAACAUAAUCUUAGGUGCAUGCUGAUUGAGGUUUCUACGCUGGUUCCCAUGUUGCUCCAGCAGCAAUCUCAUAGGCAUCAGUGCUAUUAUAUUUAUCGAAGGAUUCGAGAACAUAUUUACAGAAGAAUUCGACAGCGCAUGAUGGAAUGACGAAUUCCCUCGCAUUGUUGUGAAAGCCGAAGUAUGCAAAGAUCGUUUU